CGUCAGAGUCACAAUGGAGCGCAAGGUAAGGGACCUACACAGUAAACGACAUCCUGAUGCUAACACCAUUUCCCAUGCAUCGCAAGACACUGCCAACCAGACCCAACCCUACUAUGGCCCAGGGUAAAGCAGGAAUCAGUCCAAGUGCUAAUCUGAUGGGCUGAUGAAUCUUUGACACAGACUUCGCUCCUGACGCCGGGCGGAUUCCUCCUGCACCCCAGUCACGGGGUUAUUUCACCAUGGCAAAUGGCUGUCCGUUGCAGGAUCCGCUACUGACAGAAGGGACCCGCGACAACACCGCCCCGAACAUCAAGACCUCCCAACUGAUCCAGGAUCUGAAUGUUCUUGACACGAUAGCCCACAUUACGCACGAGCGGAUCCCGGAAAGAUACGUCCAUGCAAAGGGCGUAGGCGCUUUCGGUACAUUUGAAGUCACGAACAAGGACUUCAAGGUAAGCGAUUACUCGGACGCAAAGUUCCUGAGUGAAGCAAACAAAAAAACACGGCUUUUUGCUCGAUUCUCGACCGUUGCGGGGGAGAAAGGCUAUCCAGACACGGUCCGAGACCUUAAAGGUCUCGCCUUCAAGCUCUACACCGAGGAAGGAAACCUUGACUGGGCCUUUCUGAAUCCUGAAAUCUUCCCCAUCAGGGACCCCUCUAAGUUCCCCUCUCUCGUUCAUGCCUCAAAGCGUUGCCCUGCAAGUAACCUGCCCGAUGCCACCAUGUUUUGGGACUACUUCAACAACCAUCCGGAGGGUUAUAAUGCAUUGAUGAGGAUCUUCAGUGAUGAAGGUACCCCAGUGUCGUACUCUGCUCUCCAGGCCCACAGUGUCCAUUGUUAUACAUUUACCAAAUGGGGACAAUGGAAGCAUACCCUAGUUCGGAUUAAGCUAGUACCAGACCGAGUGAUAGAUCCUGCUAAGGACUACUUCGACCUGGCAGGGGCAGUGGCCAAGGCUGGUGCCGACCCAGACUGGCUGACUCGUCGCCUGUAUUGUGAGAUUGAUGCGGCGAGGAAGGGCGACCCAGGCUGCCAAUUUCCAGCCUGGAAGGUCAUGGCACAACUAGUUCAAGACCCCAGCCAAAGUACUGUGAAUAUCUUUGACUCCACUAAAAUUCUCUCGGAGAAAACUUUCCCAUGGAAGGAGUUUGGCAAGAUCACCUUGACUGAGUGUCCCCAGAAUUUCUUCACGCAGGUGGAACAGGCCGCGUUCAACCCGGCAAAUGUCGUACCAGGAUGGGAUAUCUCUCCUGAUCCUCUACUUCAAAUCCGGCUGUUUGCGUAUGGGGAGACACAGAGAUAUCGUCUAGGCGUGAACAAUGACCAGCUACCGACUAAUAGGCCAUGCUCAUAUGUCUACAGCCCCACUAGGCGCGAUGGAGCAUACAACAUGACGAACUACGCCAACGCGCGCAACUACAUUGUGCCUGGUGAUAAUUCUCACCCACCCCAAAACUACAAUACCAGCUUUUUGCAAUGGUCUGGUAGCCUGGAACGCUUUAAAAGCGAGAUCAAUUCCGUCGAUUACCAGCAAUGCAAUGACCACUACUUGGGUCUGAGUGAAACUAUGCGGAAACAUUUCGUCGACAACGUUGUGGCUUCCUUGUCGACAGCCACUAAGACUCAGCAAGACAAGGCUCUAGGUCAGUGGACUCUUGCUGCAAUCUCUCCGCAGCUAACACCUUCCUGA